GCCGGUUCUUCGCGCGCGCGCGCGCGCUAGAGUCAACUUGACGUCGAGAAGAAGAUGAUCAAGAGUCCAGGCCUGAACAGAAUGUUGCUGCCGGCCUCCAGUGCCGCUGCGAGAGGCAUCUCAGUCGGUGUUUCAAGGCGGCUCAUCCACUCGUCGUCGCGUUUGGCCCGCGCGGCUGAUCUGGAAGCGCGGAGCAUUGUCUACGAGGCCAAUGGCGACCCCACCAAGGUCCUCCGUGCGCACAAGUGGGCCCUGCCCGAGCCGAAAAGCGGCCAGGUCGUGCUCCGCGUCGGCCUUGCCUCGAUCAACCCGGCCGACAUCAACGUGCUGCAGGGCGUCUAUCCGGCCAAGCCUGCCAAGCGGCAGCUUCCGGGCCUCGCGGGCGACGCCUUCAUCGGGGGCAACGAGGGCUUUGGCAUCGUCGAGCACGUCGUCGAUACCGGCGGAGACCUCCAAGAGGGCGACUGGGUCGUGUUUGGCAAGCCGCAGAUGGGGACAUGGACGAGCCGGAUGGUGUGUGCGCAGGACGACGUCAUCAAGAUCAACAGGCGCAGCAGCAGCCUCACCGAAGUCAUGGCGUCGACGCUGCAGGUGAACCCGGCGACGGCGCUGCGCAUGCUCUCUGACUUCCAGCGCCUGCAGCCGGGAGACAUUAUGGUGCAGAACGCAGCCAACUCGGCCGUGGGCCAGGCCGUCGUCCAGAUUGCGGCGCGGCAGAUGGGCGUCGAGACGAUCAACCUCGUUCGCGACCGGCCCAAGCUCGAUGACAUGGCGGCUCACUUGGCAGCGCUGGCGCAGGGAGGCGCACCCGCCCACCUCUUCACCUAUGAGGGCCUCGACGACCGGGACAGCGGCGUCAAGGAAAAGAUCAAAGACAUUAUCGGAAAGAGAAAGAUCAAGCUCGGACUGAAUGCCGUCUGUGGAAAGGACGGGAGCAACAUGGCCAAGCUGAUGGGACCAGACUCGACGCUCGUCACUUACGGGGCCAUGUCGAAGCAGCCACUGAGUGUGCCCGCGGGCCUCGUCAUCUUUCUCAACAUGUCGGUGCAGGGCUUCAUGAUGAACAAGUGGUACGCCAGCAAGCAGUCGACGCCAGAGGGCAGCCAGGAGCGGCGGCAGCUGAUGGACACGCUGACAAAGUGGUACGAAGACGGCAGCCUCGUCCCGCCAGAGUCGCACAUCGUCCACAUUGCACCAUCAGACGACGUCGAGACAGUGGGACGCAAGGCGCGCGAGGCAGUGGGCUCCAGCAUGGCCGGCUAUGGUGGGAAAAAGUUCUUUUUCAAAUUUGAUUGAAAUUUCAUCUUCGCUUUACUCCAU